AUAUAUUCACUGCGGAUUAUUUCAUUCAUGGCGGAUCGUGAAGUUGGCAAUUUGAAAGUUGGGUGACGCAUAAGCGUGUACUGUGUUUAUUAAGGACAAUAUUCAUAACAAGGACAGCAAAAUGUUUGUUACAUUGAAAACUUUACAACAACAGACAUUCAAAGUUGAAGUGGGCCCCGAAGACACGGUUAAAAGUUUGAAAGAAAAAGUAGAAAAUGAAAAAGGAAAAGACCAAUUCCCAGCUGGAGGACAGAAACUGAUAUAUGCAGGAAAAAUCCUCGAUGAUGAGAAGAAAGUCAGUGAAUACAAAAUCGAAGAAAAAAAUUUUGUUGUUGUCAUGGUAACAAAGCCGAAACCAGCAGCAGCAAAGCCUGCAGAGUCCACACCUGCCCCUCCCGCUGCUGCCCCAGCCCCUGCUACCACAGAAACACCAAAACUUCAGGAGGAGAAGAAGGAGGAGAAGGAGAAGGAGGAGACUACACAAAGUGAGGCCAAAACAGAAACCCCAUCAGCUACAAGUACAGCUACAGCCUCUACAGAGACCCAGGAGAGUGAAGCAUCCGGUCAAGUGUCAGCAGAGAGCAUGUUGGUCACCGGGCAGGAGUAUGAAAACAUGGUUCUCGAGAUCAUGUCCAUGGGCUUUGAGAGAGAUCAGGUGGUGCGAGCGUUACGUGCUAGCUUUAACAAUCCAAACAGAGCAGUGGAGUAUUUGUUUCAGGGGAUUCCCGAGACAACAGAACAGGAGGCCCCCCCUACCAGUGCCCCUGUAGCUCCAGCCCCAGCCCCCACCUCAGCACCUGUAUCCGAACAGACUGCCCAGCAGACUCCCUCAGCUUCUAACCCUCCAGGAACUGGGUCAUUACUGGUGCCCCCAGCAGGACAGACAGGAGGAGAAGAUCCCCUGUCAUUUCUUCGAAACCAACCACAGUUUCAGAGAAUGAGACAGCUGAUUCAAGAAAAUCCUCAAGUUUUACCAACACUCCUGAAUCAAAUAGGGCGAUCCAACCCGCCUUUAUUACAGAUGAUAAGUCAGAACCAGGAGAGAUUCAUUCAGAUGUUAAAUGAACCCCUGGAGGCUGGUGAGGUUACAGAUCAAGCUCAGGGGGGUGGUGGUGGUGGUGGUGGUCUGCCUUCCGCAGGCGGUCCUCCAGGCAGCGGUUUCAUACAAGUAACGCCAUCAGAAAAAGAGGCUAUAGAGAGGCUUAAAGCAUUAGGAUUUGCAGAAAGUAUGUGCAUACAGGCCUAUUUCGCAUGUGAAAAGAAUGAGGAUUUAGCUGCAAAUUUUCUAUUAUCACAGAAUUUUGAUGAUGAUGAACAGCAGAGUUGAUAAGUUAAUACAGGACUGCACUAAAAGAAAAAAACCCGAGUUUGGAAGGAUAAAAAACAACUCUGUUCAUUUUUGAACUGUUAUCAUUGUGUAACUUUCUAAUUUGUUUAUUGUUUCAAAACAUUGACUUUGAUCUGUGGUUUAUGUGAACCUGUAUUAAGUAUUUUUUUAUUAUGAGCUAAAGAAAUAACAGUAUAGUUUGCUGAAUUCAUUGAAGAGUUACAUGAAAUACGAUUUUCAAAAUUACCAAAGCAAAAAACAUUUUAUUUCAUGGACAGUCAUGUUUUGCUGGGGAAAAUGUGUAUAUUCUAUACCUAGUAGUUCAAGUAUCUAAAUAAUUCAUUUUGUGAAAUGUAUAAUCGCAAGAAAAACCAUUUUCAGUUAGAGGAAAUGCCCCGUCUUGGUUCCACUGAGGGUGUGGACUUUUCUGGACGACUCCUCCACGGGUUGUUAAACUGUAUACAGCUUUUUCACCUCUCCCAUACUAGAACAGUUGCAAUGAUAUGUAAUUCUAAGAGCCGAGUAGCUUUGACAUUACCAGCAGUAAUGUAAAAUGUUAUGUCUUGUGAAUUAUUAUUAAAUGGAAGAAACAGUU